AUGCGAUCAGAGAAGAAACCAUGGUCGCCACUCCUCUGUGAGGAACUCAUCGAGGAAAUCUUGUCUCGUCUUCCCGUGAAACCUUUGAUCCAAUUCAAGUGUGUGUGCAAGGGAUGGAACUCCCUGAUGUCAGAUCCCUAUUUCAUCAAAUUGCACCUAAGCAAAUCUGCUGCGAAGGACGAUUUGGAACACCUUCAACUGAUGAAAAAUGUCUGCCUCGGAUCCAUCCCUGAAAUCCACAUGGAAUCGUGUGAUGUAAGUUCGUUAUUCCAUUCCCUACAAAUUGAAACGUUCUUGUUCAAUUUCGCAAACAUGCCAGGUUACCAUCUGGUCGGUUCAUGUAAUGGGUUGCACUGUGGGGUUAGCGAAAUACUAGAAGAAUACCGUGUUUGUUUCUGGAACAAGGCGACAAGGGUGAUAUCCAGAGAAUCGCCAACGCUGUCUUUUUCCCCGGGCAUUGGUCGUAGAACAAUGUUUGGGUUUGGCUAUGAUCCGUCAAGUGACAAAUACAAGGUGACAGUAGUUGGAGAAUCCUUAAAGGUUUUCCUGUUCUUUGGACUUUACCUAAAGUUGGUGGAGUGUAUCUGA